GUUAUCUCAUUGCAUAUCCAAAGAAGCUCAAAUUUAAGAAGAAAAAGAAAAUGUCCCGAAGGUAUUUGGUGUUUGGAGGAGGCGCCAAGUAGACCCAAAACGUGGCAUUUUCUCGUUUCUUUACCCAAACCACCUUCCCCGACUUUCCACUUCCUUUCCUUCUCGCACUCUUCUUCUGCAGCUGCAGGUUUCUUUCAAAUUUCUUCAUUCUCUCGAACAAUUGUUGGAACAAGAUGCAUCUCUAAUGGAUUCUCCAACCUCUUCUUGCAUUUCUCGUUCUUUUUAGUCAUUAGCCGAUGAGGAAUGUCGUUGCGCGCCUCAACCGCCACCGCCUGCUCACUCCGCCAUACCCAAAUUUGUGCCAUGUCAAUGAUUUUGGAAAAUGCAUAUCAUUGGGAUAUUUGCAAGAUAUUCAAGCUCUGAGGAGACGAGAUGUUUAUCUGUUGACAAACUUGUUUCACCAAAACUCAUUUUCUACUGGCUAUUCAAGCGUACAUGGUGAAAGGCCAUCUGCAGAGUAUGCGAAAUUGAGGAAGCAAUUGCUGGAAAAUGAAUUUGGGCAUGCACUUGGAACUUACAGAUCCAAGAGACUUUCCUCUGUCUAUCGCUUUGGCCCAUUUUUUGCGUUCUAUAGGGCAGCAAUUAUUUCAUUCCAUGUAUUGAAGCUAACCAUAUGGCAGUUAUUUGUUCAUGACUUAAAAAAGCGCGCCAUUAAGUUUCGAGAAACACUAAUCAGAUUGGGGCCUUUCUAUAUCAAGCUUGGGCAGGCUUUGAGCACGAGGCCAGAUAUAUUGCCAACAGUGUAUUGCCAAGAACUUGCAAGGUUACAGGACAAAAUACCUCCAUUUCCAACUCACCAAGCAAUCAAAUCUAUUGAGAAUCAGUUGGGUCGUCCUGUUUCACAAAUUUUUGCUGAUAUUAGCCCAGAGCCCAUUGCAGCUGCAUCCUUGGGGCAGGUUUAUAAGGCUCACCUGCAUUCUGGAGAGCUUGUAGCUGUCAAAGUCCAAAGACCUGGGAUGUCUCUUUCAUUGACUCUUGAUGCCUUGUUGUUCCAGAUGAUUGGUGGCCAGCUAAAACGAUUUGCCAAGGCCCGGAAAGAUUUAUUAGUAGCUGUUAAUGAAAUGGUUAGGCACAUGUUUGAUGAAAUCAAUUAUAUUCAAGAAGGGAAAAAUGCUGAGCGUUUUUGUUCUCUCUAUGGAUGUCAACCAUUAGGCGACAGUGGGAAGAGUUAUGCAGUUGAUGGCUCUGUUAACUAUAAGAAAUCAAACUGUGUUAAAGUCCCCAAAAUAUAUUGGGACUUCACUCGAACAGCUGUGCUUACCAUGGAAUGGAUUGAUGGAAUAAAGCUUACUGAUGAAGUUGGCUUGGAAAAGGCUCAUUUGAAUAGAAGGGAGCUCAUUGACCAGGGAUUGUACUGCUCUUUGAGGCAACUGCUUGAGGUGGGUUUUUUCCAUGCUGAUCCACAUCCAGGGAACCUUGUUGCUACUGAGAAUGGCUCUCUUGCAUAUUUUGACUUUGGGAUGAUGGGUGAUAUCCCUCGGCAUUAUCGUGUUGGACUGAUUCAAGUGCUGGUGCACUUUGUAAAUCGUGACUCACUUGGUUUGGCCAAUGAUUUUCUUUCUUUGGGAUUCAUUCCUGAAGGGGUUGAUAUCCGAUUAGUUUCUGAUGCACUAAAUGCAUCAUUUGGCGAUGGGAGAAAACAAUCACUGGAUUUUCAGGGAGUGAUGAACCAGCUAUACAGUGUGAUGUAUGAAUUUGAUUUCUCCCUUCCUCCGGACUAUGCCUUGGUCAUAAGAGCGUUAGGGUCACUUGAAGGCACUGCAAAAGUCCUUGAUCCUGAAUUCAAGGUCUUAGAAAGUGCAUAUCCUUUCGUCAUUGGGAGGCUUUUGGAAGAUCCAAACCCUGAUAUGAGAAGAAUUUUAAGGGAACUCCUCAUCCGAAAUGAUGGAUCCAUUAGGUGGAAUCGGCUUGAACGCUUAGUUGCAGCCAUUUCUGAACAGGCUUCCGAGUCAAGUGAGGAAUCUCAUAAGAACAAUUCUUCGAAUCCCCUAGGAUGGAAAUCAUUUGACAUGCCAGCAGUUGUCGCAGCAACUGAAGAUCUUUUUCUUUUCAUUCUCUCUAAGAAAGGUUCAAGGGUACGAGUUUUCCUCCUCCGCGACAUCAUUGCAACAGUUGACAUUGUUCUGCAGGAUGAAGUUUUUGGGUGCUCAUCCGAUGAGAAUCGUCAGACAAGAUCUGAGGAUCAUGCUAUGCUGGAAAGAGUUGUCCACGGGUUUCAGUGCCUCCGUCAAGCAAUAAAGUUAGCACCACAAGUGUGGACGGCUAUGCUUAUUCGCAUGGCAUUAAAGCCUGAGGUUCAUAGUUUCUCUCUGGACGUCAUUUCAAGCAUCAUGAUGCAUAUUGGAAGAAAAACUCCUGACCAUCUUUGGAUUUGUAUUUCAAGAUUCCUUCAUGACUUAGAGAAAGACUACAGUUCUAACAAAGUAUGAGGAAAGUAAACUACCUUCUCUUUUUCUUUUAAGCAACUCUUUCUUUCUCUUUAUAUAUAACACAAUUUAAAGAAAUUAAUGAUAGUCAGCUAGUUUAGCUCUUAA